AUGACACUUGCUGAGGAGUUCCGAUCGAGAAAUUUCAGCAUCUACGGUCAAUGGACCGGUGUGCUGUGCAUGGUCCUGUGCUUUGCGCUGGGAAUUGCCAACAUCUUCUCUCCCUGUCCUCCUGCCUGCUCAUUUAUCAUUCUCUUCAUUGAGGUACCCUUCCUACUCCGCAUCUGCCCUACCUCCUCCAAGUUCGAUGCCUUCAUCCGCCGCUUCACCACCAACUGGAUGCGCGCUGCUAUGUACGCUAUUAUGUGUGGCAUCCAGUGGGCCAGUCUCUGCACUGGUGCCUCGAGUCUGAUUGCCGCCGCCGUCUUCCUCUCUAUCGCCGCUAUCUUCUACGCGCUGGCCGGUCUGAAGAGCCAGGAUUUCGUGGGCAGCAAGACCCUCGGUGGUCAGGGUGUUGCGCAGAUGAUCGUUUAA